AUUCCUUCCAUUCACUCACUUUCAAAAUGGUCCUACCCUCCUCCUUGUCCGCCGUGCAAGUCGACAAUGUCACGUUUCCGGCCACCGCCAAAGCUCCAGGCUCCGACAAGAGCUUCUUCCUUGGCGGAGCAGGAGUCAGGGGCCUCCAAAUCGACGACAAAUUCGUCAAGUUCACCGCCAUUGCUGUUUACCUCCAGGAUAACGCCGUUCCCUCACUCGCCGUCAAAUGGAACGGUAAGACCCCGAGCGAGUUAACGGAAUCCGUCGACUUCUUCAGAGACAUCGUUACAGGUCCGUUUGAGAAAUUUAUGCAGGUAACGAUGAUUUUGCCUUUGACGGGUCAACAAUACUCCCAGAAAGUCUCUGAAAAUUGCGUCGCUAUUUGGAAGCAUCUUGGAAUUUACACUGACCAAGAAGCCAAUGCCAUUGACAAGUUUCUUUCCGUUUUCAAAGAUCAGAAUUUCCCUCCAGAUUCCUCUAUUCUUUUCACACUAUUACCCAACGGAUCUCUAGUGAUUGGUUUUUCUAAAGAUGGAUCUAUUCCAGAAGCCGGAACUGCAGUGAUUGAGAAUAAACUACUCUCAGAAGCUGUGCUUGAAUCAAUGAUUGGAAAGCAUGGUGUUUCCCCUGCUGCAAAACAGAGUUUGGCCACCAGAUUAUAUGAGUUAUUCAAACAUGAUGAUACUACUGAUAAAAAAUUGCAUGAUUCUGAUACUGAUAAUGGAUUACAUCACACGAAAAGUGGAAAUUCGGUUGCGGAAGAUGUAGCAGAAAAAUUACCUUAGGAGCACAUUCAAUCUAUCACUCACCAGCUUCUAGUGUAUUAAUAAAAUGAAUGGUGAAAAUGUGAAUUUCUUUGUUUUGUUACUAUGAUAUGUGAACAAAUAUAGCACAGAUGGUUAAGGAUCUGUGUGAAUAUAAUGCAGAGUUCAGGUUACUAUGA